AUGGAAAGAGACCAGGAGGAGCUUCAAAACUUUGGCUUCUUCGCAACCUUCAAGGAGUCCUUCAAGAUCAUCUUCUCAUGGAAGAAGAUCUUCACACAAAUCACGCUCUCCUUAAUCCUUCCCUUGUCGUUCGUCUUCUUGAUCCAAAUGCAAGUCUCUGACUUCCUCUUCUGGAAGCUCCGUCGUGACGAGAAUAUGCUUCACCGAUCCCAGUCGUCUAGCCACGAGUGGGGCUCCUACACCUAUGAGCACUGGUCCGAAAUCGUGACCUCCGACAAGAUCUCACUCGCACUCUUCAAGAUUGCGUAUUACAUCGUCACACUCAUCCUUUCUCUCCUGGCGACCUCAGCAGUUGUGUAUAUGAUUGCAUCCAUCUACACCGACAAGCCGGUAGCCUUCAAGAAGGUCAUGGGCGUGGUCCCUAAGGUCUGGAAGAGGCUGAUAGUCACUUUCAUAUGGAGCUUCGCCAUUGUUAUUGUCUUGAACUUGUUGGCCUCUGCUCUCUUCUACUUGUGGGUAGUCAACCUAGGGUUCAGAGGUGUGUUUGGGGUGGUCGUUUUCAUCAUUUUACUCAUCGCGUACGUGGUGGCAACCAUCUACAUAGGCAUCGUAUGGCGGGUGGCUUGCGUGAUUUCCGUCUUGGAGGAGUACUACGGGAUCAAGGCCUUGUUCAAGAGCAAGGACUUGAUCAAGGGCAAAAUCGGAAUGUCAGCUGGACUCAUAUUCCUAGUCACAGUGUUCUACGUGGGCAUCAUGUUGGUGUACCAAAUCUUCGUGGUGUAUGCGCUCAGAUACGCGCUCAGCUACGGUGCCCCAGGGUACAUGCUUGUGAUUGGGCUUCCUUGCUGGCUCUUGCUCACCUUUGUCAUGCUCGUCGACUUCGUCCUGCAGACUGUGAUCUACUUUGUCUGCAAGUCGUACCACAACGAGAGCAUCGACAAGCCAGCCCUCGCAGAUCACCUCGAGGCUUACAACGCACAGUACGAGGCAAUGAAAUCGGAAAAGGACGUCCAGAUGGAGCAAGUGAUGGUCUGA